CACGACAGCUUGGCGGGCGAGCACCGUCUGUCCCACCCUCACCGCCACCAACCAGCCAUGCCCGCCUCUGUCCUGCACAACCCGCACCCUGCCGUGCGCACCCUCGACGCCGCGGCCUUCGACUACAAGGGCUAUGGGUGGCGCCACGUCACCGUCGCGCUCGACGAGUUCGGCGUGCUGCUCCUCACGCUCAACCGCCCCGAGCGCCACAACGCGUAUACCAAUGAGAUGUGCCACGACAUCGUCUUCGCCCUCGAGCUGGCCGACGCGGACCCGCGCGUCAAGGCCGUCGUGAUGACCGGCGCAGGCAAGUCGUACUGCGCAGGCGCAGAUCUGGCCGGCGGCUUCGGCGCGUCCGACCCGAAUCUCUCCCUCAACCAGCACAGAGACGGCGGCGGCCAGGCGUCGGGCGCCGUGCUGCGCUGCCGUAAGCUCGUCGUGGCGGCAGUGAACGGCAAUGCCGUUGGCGUCGGCAUCACGAUGAUCCUGCCUGCCGACCUGCGCCUCGUCAGCAAGGACGCCAAGGUCGGACUGCCAUUCACCAAGCGCGGCAUCACGCUCGAGGGCAUGUCGGCUUACAUCCUGCCGCGCCUCGUCGGCCAUGCCAAUGCACUUGAGAUCGCCAUGACCGGCGACGUUUACCCGGCCACCUCGCCAAAGUGGGCGCAGCUGUGGAACCAGGUGCUGCCGGCUGAAGAAGUGCUGCCGACAGCCCUUGCGCUCGCGCGGCGUCUGGCGCAGGAGAACAGCGUUGUCAGUAUGGCGCUCAACAAGCAGCUGCUCUGGCGCACGCCAGACACGCCAGAGGCGACGCAUCUGCUCGACUCCAAGUGCAUCUACGAGACGAGCCGCGGCGAUGCGCAAGAGGGCAUCAAGAGCUUCAUGGAGAAGCGCAAGGCGCAGUUUCCGGGCACGAUGAAGGACCUCGAGCGCUUCGGCUUCUACCCCUGGUGGACACAGCCAGACGUCGAGGGCACCAAGACGCGGGGGCUCGCGAAGCUGUAGCUUGCAUGUGCGCCGCGCGCGAGGAAUGCACCGAUCUACGCGACGCACGCCCAGACGCGCCAGGCUCAGCAGAGGACUGUCAUUGCGUCGUCCGGUCCGCGUGAUCUCCUCCGCCGACGCCAUGGCCCCACUGCCCUGCCUGCCCUCACUGCUGCUGCGCCGGCUGCGGCGGCGCGGUGGACGGAGCGGCCUGCUGCUGCGCAGCCGGCCCGUGAGGCGGCUGCUGCUGCUGCUGCUGCGGCUGCGGCGGCUGGUGCGGGCCCUGCUGGCCCUGCUGCUGCUGACCCUGCUGCGGGUGGUGCUGCUGGUGCUGCUGCUGCUGCGGGUGCUGCCCGGGCUCCAUGGGCGGCGCCGAUCCCGGCGGGAACGGCUGGG